ACCAUCCCCCCGUUUAAAUCCACUCCAACGGCGCUCACCACUUAAACACACUGUCCCUCCGCUGCUAUCCCAUCCUAAAGUCCGGCCCCUUGGAGGAGAGACCAGCUCCAGCCAGCACCGCAGCACCAUCACUGCUGCCUCUCGCCUGCACGGUAACAUGGUUUGCAGGGCUCGGCUGCUGUAGCCAAGGGCCACUAAGUCAGUCACACAGCCAGUCAGUCAGUCAGUCAGUCAGUCCAGUCAGUGUGUGUAUGUGUGUGAGUGUGUGCAGUAAGCAGUAAGCAGUAAGCAGACGGAGAUCUCGGUCGGUCCCGCAACAUUAUUCAUCAGGAGCACCAGAGGAAGGAGCGAACCGAGCAUCUCCUGCACCGGCUGUCCUGCACAGGAGCAGGGGUACCCUCCUCCUCCACACCGCAGACACUACAUCGGCUUUAUCGGGGGUGUGAAAGGCGGCCUGACUCGUGCUAUUGUCACUGUUGUCGUCAAGGAAACGAAGAGUCCUGUCCCGUUGCCAUGGGGAAACAGAACAGCAAGCUGCGGCCAGAGAUGCUGCAGGACCUCCGGGAGAAUACUGAGUUCUCCGACCACGAGCUGCAGGAGUGGUACAAGGGUUUCUUGAAGGAUUGCCCAAGUGGAACCCUGAAUGUGGAGGAGUUCAAGAAAAUCUACGCCAAUUUCUUCCCUUAUGGUGACGCCUCCAAGUUCGCUGAGCACGUCUUCCGAACUUUUGAUACCAACGGCGAUGGGACGAUAGACUUCCGGGAGUUCAUCAUCGCCUUGAGCGUGACGUCACGGGGAAAGCUGGAGCAGAAACUGAAAUGGGCCUUCAGCAUGUAUGACCUGGACGGAAACGGGUACAUCAGCCGCGAUGAGAUGCUGGAGAUUGUGCAGGCCAUCUACAAGAUGGUGUCAUCCGUGAUGAAGAUGCCAGAGGAUGAAUCCACGCCGGAGAAGAGGACAGAUAAGAUCUUCAGACAAAUGGACCUCAAUAAUGAUGGCAAAUUGUCCCUGGAGGAGUUUAUCAAAGGUGCCAAAAGUGACCCCUCCAUCGUCCGGCUACUCCAGUGCGACCCCAGCUCGGCCUCCCAGUUCUGAACCCGCCCCCCCUCCUUCCUGCCUUGCUACGACCCUUUCUUCCUCACCCUCUCUGUUGCUAUUGAAACAGUCACUCAAAUCAAUGCAUGAUGGUUCUCGUCUCUCAUCUUUCAUCUUUUUUUAAUUCUCGGUUGUCGGUUGUUGUGUGCGAGGAUGGAGGAGGAAUUUUAAAGAGGCUAAGAAAAAUCAUCUCGAUCGUUUUACUUUGAUUUUUAUAUUUGUGGAAAGUGAAGGGACGUUUAAUGAUCUGAUGUUCCCGAGGAUCUCUCUCUCUCUCUUUCUCUCUCUCUCUAGAACGUCAUGUUUUUUUGUUUUGUUUUUCAGGGUGGGGAUGGCUGGCUUAGUUUGUCCUCUAACACACGUGUAUAUCAUGUAUAUACUCUACGUCUAUGUAUAUCAUAAGAUGAAGUACAUUCGUCUUCAUGUAUGGUGCACACUUUCUGGCAUUGAAAGGCAGUAUUAUGUAGCUUCCUGGUCUGAUUGGAAAGGAUGAUCGGGGUGUUGGUGGGUGGGAGGGUAGGUCGUUAUUGGGAUUUUACUGCUAUAUGAUCUUUCGCUGAGAAAAAGAAGGCCUAAGAUCCCAUUAGGUUUUUAUCGAUAUAUAUAUAUAUACAUAUAUAUACUGGCAUUUUGUUGAUUUUUACAUUUCAAAUGUUUUUCAUUUGUACAUAUUGUUUUCCUCCUUCAUGUUGUUUUAUUUAUUCAUUUUUAUUCUUACUCUAUUAUUGUGCUUUUACUUUGAUAUGUUGUUAAAGAUGAUAAUGAUAUCCCAGUUUACAGUGACAGAGAGAGAGAGAAAAUGUCAGUUAUGAUUGAUCUCUUUGGGGAUUUGUGGAUUUGUCAAAGUGGAAGUUUUGUGAAAAUUCGAGGGGAUCCUGUAAUGCAUUUGAUCAAUGACACCAGUAGCACAUAUCGUUUCAGCCGCCAUGUGUUUAUAAAGUAUGGCUGUGCAUUUGGUGUGAAUGCGUGUGUGUGUGUGUGUGUGCAUGUGAAUAUGCACUGUAUGCUUGAAGCUAACUUUUACAGUAUUAUCAUGUUAUUGUGUUGUUUCUUAAUUUGUAAGUAUUUUAAAGUUCUUUAACAACGAGCAGUAAACUUAAGAUAGCCGUAACCUGUCACUAUACUGCAUGAUCCUACGAACCAGACAAAAUCCACAAAAAACAGUUAACGCACAGCAGUAUCUUUUUGUAGCUCUGCAGCCUCCUCAGCACUGUACCAGGCAGAAAUGAUUAAAUAUUUGUCUUGCUUUGGGACAAACCCUCCUCCCCUCCUCUCUCUCUCUCUCUCUCUCUUUUCCUCUGACAGACAGAGAACUCACUAAGGGCUCGUUCAUCACUCUCUAGCUGAAUGCUUUUAUAACCUCCUGGAUUAGUCUGCUUACAGAGCAGUUAGAUGAAGGGACAUGUUUCAGGACAUUCUUGUUCUGAUUCGAGUUUUCAGGGUUUCCAGACAGACCGUAUGUAGGAAACUUACAGAGAUCAGUGGCUGUGCGUACAUUAGCACUGAUAAAAAAAAAAAUCCUCAAGUAACAUUUGGGAUGCUUAUUCUGACAUUUAAUUAAUUUUCCGAAGCACCAAACAGUGAAACACUCCAUCAAGUAAGACUUCGAUAAUAAUAGAAAACACAACUUUGACUGAAUGAAACAUUUGAAAUGCUGUGCACGUGUAAACAAAGCCACUGGUUGCAGCAAUACCAGCGCGACUCCCAUGUAAUAAUGAUUUGAGGCCCCCAUUGUCAGAUCACUUGCCAUCUUCUGUUUUAGAGGUUCGAUGCAACACAGAUUAUGUUUGUGAAGAAGCUAAGUGUUGGGCAGAGUGGAAAGAGUCAGAAUGUCUAUAUGAAAAUCUUUUAGGUGGACCUUUUCCCUCAAUGUUAACACUAAAGUCUCAAAGUUUCUUUAAGUGAUGCACAGGGAGGUCAAGCCCAAGCCUUCCUUAACUGAAGACCAUACAGAAGCGAUAAUUAUUGUGAAAUAUAAUAAGCUAUACUGGUUUAAUAAUUUAAUAAUAUGCUACUUUAUAUUUACUUUAUAUGAUAUGUCAUUUAUCAGGAAAACUUUUCAAAUUAACGUUUUUUUUUUCACUCAAAACAUAUGAUCGGUUUAUAAAAUACAUAUUGCUAUGUUUGUUAUAGAUUAAACUGCCUCAAACGAUACAAAACAGUUAGCUCCAAACUUUAAAAAUACUGUUUGAAUGUCAAUGCAUCAAUAAUAAUGAUACAUUAAUAUGAUAACAUACACACUAACAGGGGUUGUUAUAAAUAAGGAGCACUUUUUGGAUAGUUUGUAUAGUAGUAGUAGUAGUUUGUUUCCAGUACUUCUGGAUUUUUAAGUAAGUCUCUUCGUAGUGCUGUAAGUAAAUGGUCUGAAUACUUUUUUCACAUCUGGUAUUUAGCAAAGCCCUAAGUCUCCUCAUAUCUUUACCUUUACCCUCCUCUGUAAAAAGGGACAAGGAUUGAGUAUUUAUUCUUUGAGUCUCAAUAUGUUAUAAAAUCCUUUUGAAAAGGCACAUUAACAUGCUUCAUCGAAAAAUCAGACUAUGGUAAUUAUUUCAGGUGGGUUAACAGCUCCAUAAAGAAGGUUUAGACAAGCUUCAUUUCAUACACCGCAGAAGGUGAGGAGUAAGGUCCUUCCACACUUUCAACACACAUGGAUGAUUUCCGUGUCUGCCUGCUAUCAUACCAGACUAUAAAAACUAUAUUAACUGUAAUAUGUGCGUUGCCCAACAUCCUGCAUGUAACGGUGGCAUAGUGAACUAUCAAUGAGAGUCUGAGAGCUGUGCUGGUGCAGCUGCGUCCGCGUGACAUUAGGACGGACCAGAGGUUAACUUGUACCAAACAUUUGCACAGGAGCUUCCUAACCAGCCUCUGCUUUGGGGAUCCUAUAGUGUCACUGCCUUCUGCUGGUAGGAUAAGGAACAACAAUUGCUAUCCCCUGAUCUACUAUACUUACACCCUUUUCUAUUCUCACUGCCUCUGAUGAACUGGUACCUUGUGUUGGAUAAAUACACCUCCUUCUUUCUUUCUUCCUUCCUUCCUUCCUUCCUAACCUCCCUUUCUUUCCUUCCUAUUUUUCUGUUGCAUGAAAACCUCACGUGAGGAUGUCAUGUUUGUUCCGUUGGACCUGAGAGCAAAAUAUACCUAUGUGUUUCAAA